AUGAAAUCAUUAUCUGCUUCCAAAUACAAUCAUAACAAUACUACCUUUACUACGCCUGACAAAAAACCAAAUAAGGUAUGCCAUCAAUUUAUAUAAGAGUAGAUAAAACACACAGUCCACCAUGAAGUUAAGUGGCGAAAUGAUGUCCGUUUAAAGUUAUUUAUAUGAAUAAGCUCAUCUCAAAGAAGAAGCCUCCAAAAAAGAAAUCAUUAGACUCAUUAGAUUAGUCAUUGAUAGUCUGGAAAAGAAUAGAAACAUUAAAGAAUUAAAUGAAUAACUCUCUAAAUUAAUAAUUGGAUUGAGAACAUGUAUUAAUUAAUAAGAAGUAUCAAGUUACAUCAUUUAAUUAAUUCAAACUAUACGAGAAAUUACAAAUAAUCAUUAAUUUAAAAAAGAAAUCGAAUCUGAAAAUGAUAAAGCACUUCUAAUUAAACGAAUACAUGAAUUAGAAUUAUAAGCCAAAGAAACUUAAUGGCAAUUCGGUAACAAUAUUUAUUAAUUUUGUUUAGAAAUGAAAAUCAGAGAUCACAAAUCCACUUAAAAGAUCAAGUAAUACUAAGAGGAAUUAGAUCAAAUCAAAAAGUAUAAAUAAUAACAUCAAGUCUCCAAACCUUAAUAAAAUUCCCCUCAAAAAAUAGAACUCAAAAAUCAAAUCAAACUUAUGCAAUAAAAAAUACAAAACUUAUCCGAAAAGGAAAAGAAAUUGAUUCUAUUAGUCAAAGCUGUCAAAUCCAGAGGAAUAGAUGUUGAACAUAUUUAUAAAAACAUCAAUCAAAUAUCAAGUCGAAAUAGUAGAAUCACUAAGGAUGAAACAAUAAGUGAUUUCAUUGAUAGCUCGCAUUCCGAUUUCGCUGAUAUCUCAUAAUUUGAUCUUGGCCAAACUUCCAUCAAAAGAAACCCUAAAUUUUUACUUGAUUGA